UAUAUCUUAAAUUCAAAUCGAAAAACUCAUAAUUAUAUACAAAUUGCUACACUUUCAGAAAGAUUGACUGAGAUCUUAGAAUUGUCUUCCGCUGCCAUUGACGUACGCCAUUUAAGCGUCCACGUUCCACCAACUCCAAAGACUUACCUACCACCUACUAAUCACCUUUCAUUUUUUUUAAUACCUAAAAUACCCUUUGAAUGAACGGCUUUUAAUGAUUCCACUAUUCAUCGUACGACAUUUUACAAACCCUCAAACUCCCCCUUUGUCUUUGACCCAUUUGUGAAUAUAAUAACAUUAUCUGUGAACAAGAGAUAUCAUAGAAUACAAUACGCUUUUUUUAACCGAUCAUCAUCAAUGGAAAAACCAAAAACUUCCGAAUUGGAUGCUCCCCUUCAUACAAUUGGAUUUGAGUUUGUAGAUUUAACACCACAAAAAGUUUCUGGCACUCUGCAUCUUACCCAAAAGUGUUGCCAGCCAUUUGGGGUGCUUCAUGGAGGUGUAUCAGCAAUGAUAGCAGAAUCUCUUGCAAGUAUUGGAGCACAUAUUGCUUCUGGGUAUACAAGAGUUGCAGGAAUUCAACUUAGUAUCAAUCAUUUGAAAUCAGCAAAGCUUGGUGACUUGAUUCAGGCUGAAGCCACCCCUUUGAAUGUUGGCAAAACCAUUCAGGUGUGGGAGGUAAGAAUCUGGAAGAUUGAUCCUUCAAACUCACAAAAAGGACCCUUGAUAGCAUCUUCUAAAGUAACUCUACUAAGCAACAUGCCUGUUCCAGAUCACGCAAAAGAUGCUGGCGAGAUUCUAAAGAAGUACGUAAUUGCGAAACUGUAAAUAUUCAUCAGAUUUUAAGUUAUAUUCAACUGUGCUUGAAUGGAAUUUACAAUAAAUCAAGGAGGCAUAUACAUACGGAUCACGAUUGACUUCGUAGCUUUUUUUCUGGGUACUAUGGAGGCAAUAAAGUUUAAACCUAGGACCUCAUGAGUUCUUGAUACUAUCAAAAUCCCACGCCACUAGAAUAAGAGUCUAUUUAUAUUGACUUAUUUGAGAGACAGUUUGAGAUUUUAUACAAACAACUUAAUAUUCAUAAACUCUCCAUAUAGCUUAUGAAUACAACUUAUAGCUUAUUUAAAUAUUUUGACUUUA